GAAGCGUUCCAGAUGCAGUACCAAACGAGAUUGUCGCUCGACUUGAUCGUGCGGGAAUACGCCUCCAAGUCCCUCAAAUCUCUCAGCAUCAACGACUUCUUAUCGGACAGUUUCACGGACAAAGACAUCUCUGUGACCCAGCGCGAUGCUAUUCUCCUCAAGCACGCCUACCAGACAGUCGACACCUUGUUGAUAUACAACGCGCGGCGUAUCAAGGCGUUUCGAAGCUUGCCAUACAUUGCGGUGUUGAAUCCAAACAUCGCCGAGAACUACAACUUGUACCUCGACACCAUGCGAAACUUAUUGUCCAUAUUCACCCUGCCGCACAGCACGGAUAACCUGUUCAUUGUGUCGAAGCUAGAGGAAUUCAACGAGAUGCACUCCGACACGAUACCCACAUUGUCAAAGGGGUUUCAGGAGGUAACCGGCACGUUUUUGACUGAGACCCAGACGUCCGAAUUCCUCGACCAGCACUUGAAAGAGCGCAUCUUCAUGAGGCUCAUCUCGCGCCAGCAUACCCAGAUUUUCCAGCCGCCCACGGACAACUAUCUGGGAGUGAUAGACUUGCAGUUGGAGCCCGCUAAGUUGGUGCGUCGCUGUUCGGAGUAUGUUAACGAUAUGUGUGAAUUGAAGUACGACGAUAAAUGCUCCCUUGUCAUUGACAGCGGUGAGGACGUUGUGUUCCCGUACAUUCCCACCCAUAUCGAGUACGUGCUCACCGAAGUCUUGAAGAACUCCAGUCGCGCGUUGAUCGAGGGGGGUGUCGCAAAGCCUAUCCGGGUCACCAUCGUGCCCAGCUACGCAGAAGAUAACCACCAAACCUUGGAAAUCAGAGUCAGAGACGAGGGUAGCGGAAUCCCCCCAGAAACGGUGGCCAAGAUGUUUGACUUCAGUUUCUCGACAUAUCAGAGCGGCGAGGGCGAAGCGUACAAGACAUUGAACGCCCCGCCAGGCGUCGCGGGCAAUAUCGUUGCGGGCAUGGGGUACGGGUUACCCUUGAGCCGUGCCUAUGUGGAAAUGUUUGGCGGAAAGAUGAGCGUGCAGACGUAUUUUGGCAUGGGUACGGAUGUGUACAUUAGAUUGAAUGGG